GUUCUGUUAUUUUAUGAGAAGUUGUUUUUGACAUUUAAAGUUAAAUAAUAGUUGUUAAAAUGAUUUUAGCAAAUAAAUUGUGUUUUGUAUUAAUGGUGUGUUUAAUUGAAAGGUGUGUUUCCGAUGAGAGUAAUAGUGUUGUCGUGAAUACGAGUUCGGGUGGAGUGAGGGGACAGACACUGAAUGUUGUGAAUCACAAAAUCAAUCAAUUCUUGAAUAUACCUUAUGCUGAGCCCCCGGUGGGCCCACUCAGGUUCAGUCCACCACAACCACUCAAAACGCCUAAAAAGGGUAUCAUUGAUGGCAUAGUUGAAGGGAACUCAUGUAUGCAAAUACAAAGUCCAAUGUUUUCACAACUUAUGGGUAAACUGACCACAAGUGAGGACUGUUUGGUACUAAACAUAUGGACACCUAAUGGUGAUAAAAGUGCAUCAAAAUCACAGUUAAAACCUGUUAUGUAUUGGAUAUACGGCGGAGCGCUUACUAUGGGAUCAGUAUAUCAAAAGUUUUAUAACGGAAGUGUUUUGGCCACCAAUGAUGUGGUCAUUGUUUCCGUUAACUAUAGAAUCGGACAGUUAGGCUUUUUAUAUGGUGGCGAUCAGACAGCACCCGGUAAUCUGGGAUUCUAUGACCAACUUUUAGGAUUGAAAUGGGUUCGAGAAAAUAUUCAUCAAUUCGGUGGAGACAAGGAUCAGAUCACUAUUUUUGGUGAGAGCGCCGGCAGUUGGUCUGUAUCGGCACACCUACUCUCACCCCUAUCUAAGGGUCUGUUUAAGAGGGCUAUUGCCCAAAGCGGGGCUGUGAUGUUUCAUAAGGAUAGACCAGUUUUGGGAACUUUAGAGGCGUUGAGUAAAGCUAAGGAAACGGCCCGCAAAUUGGGUUGUGAUCCGUAUGACCACAAAUGGUUGGACUGUUUGCGAGCCAUUGAGGACCCGAACCUAUUUCUGGAGCCGACUGAGACUGACGUUGCUUUUGGUGUCACGUGGCCUGUGUUUGGCACUGAAUUCCUACCCGUUUUACCACAAAAGGCUUUUCAAACUAAUAAAUAUAAUUCCGAUGUGGAUGUGAUGGCCGGUGCGACCAAAGACGAGGGUCCGAUGCUAGCCAUGUCUCUGUUCCCACAAAUGAGGGCUGAUUUCAAUAUAAAGAAAUUUCACGAAUUAAUAGAACUCCAGAGAGAGAUCUACCAUAACAUAGACGUCCAGAAAGUGUCCGAUUAUUACCUCCAGAAUAGAGACCCCAAAAACCCACACGACUUACAGAAAGCUUUCGGGGAACUGUAUGGCGAUUUGUUGAUGGUGUGCCCCACCUAUGAGUUCGCCAAGAGAUUUGCCAAAAGUGGUCGAGACGUCUAUUUUUAUAGAUUUAAUUAUCAGACAAAUCUGUUUGCAAUGUUUGGUUGCGAUGAACAUACCAUAUGUCACGGCGCAGACAUCGCCUAUGUUUUUGGUGAUCCCGUUAGGACUCCACAAAUGUUUACGGAAACGGACUAUGAUUUCAGUUUAGAAGUUAUGAAGAUAUGGACUAAUUUUGCUAAAAAUAUGUGA